AUGAGUUUUAGAGAAAAUGUUCUUUUGGAACUUUUUUUAAUUUUGAGCUUGGUCUGCUUGGAAACCGCAAAUGCGAGGAAGAGUAGUUCUGGCGGCAGUACUACUUCAAAUGCCAAUAAUAACGCAAAUUCAGGCGAAAGAGGGGAAGUGACAGGAACUGAUGCGCAAGAAACGAGCUUGAUGGCCGUAGCGGCUAUUGGGUUUAUUUUCUCCUUGGUUGCUUUGCUGAUUUUCUUCAAUGUUAUUCCUGCGCUGCAACGGGAUAACACAUCGGAAUGGGUUAAGGACCCACCUGCCUGGCGGCUUCUUAAUGUCAAUAAAAAAAAGAGCUCAAGAUUUAUGAAAAAGCUCGCCCAAGAAUUUAUUGACGAAGGCGCAGACGAACGAGAACUUGUUCACCAAAUUUGGGGAAAGGAUAAACUCAGGCAUAUAAAUUCGCUUGGCGAUUUUCGCCAAAAGCGAAAGCGAAGCGAAGGCGAAUAG